AUGUCGCGCAUUGUCCAUAAGACAUCAGGCGGAAACGCAGCGUUCCACAAUUUCCACAAUGACUAUGCUCACAUUGCGGAUCCCAAUGAGAGAAGGCGGCUCGCUCUCGCUGAGAUUGAUAAAGCGCCUUUCGGCUGGUAUCAUGUUCGCGCUAUAGAUGCCUAUGAUCUGUUCGCUGUCAAUAUGGUUGUUUCCAUGCUGGGUGUGGUCUUCUGGCAGAACUCGGCCCACCCAGGCAAGAUACCUUCCCAUGCCGACACCGCCAUCAAGGUCGCUACAUCCACCGGCACUGUGGUCGGCCAAAUAAGCUUCGGUAUCCUUGCUGACAUCGUUGGUCGCAAGAAGAUGUACGGCAUGGAGCUUAUCCUCAUCAUCUUCGCCACUCUCGCUCAAUCAUUAUCGGCGCACUCUCCCGCAUGUUCCAUUGUCGGGGUGAUCGUUUUCUGGAGGGUCCUGAUGGGCAUUGGAAUUGGAGGCGACUAUCCACUCAGCUCCAUCAUUACGUCGGAAUUCGCGACCACCAGAUGGAGAGGCGCUAUGAUGGGAUCGGUCUUCGCGAUGCAAGGAAUAGGACAGUUUGCCGCAGCCAUGGUCUCACUGAUCGUAACGGAGGCCUAUAAAUCGACUCUGGAGCAGGCAAAAACUGUGGACAAAUGCACUGGUGCUUGCGGGCUUGCUGUUGACAAGAUGUGGAGGAUUGUCAUCGGCUUCGGUGCCGUGCCGGGUUGCAUCGCUCUCUACUACCGCCUUACGAUCCCGGAAACCCCAAGAUACACUUUCGAUGUUGACCGCGAUGUCAUACAAGCUGGCUCCGAUGUCAAAGCUUUCAAGGCUGGUAUGCCAAGAGGUCAUGUGGACGAGAUCACACGAGCACGUGCCAAGGAUAGCGACGCUCUUCAGCUCGAGGUUCCGAUAGCCUCUUGGUCAGACUUCUUCCAAUGGGUCAGCAAGUGGAAGAAUGGAGGCGUGCUACUCGGAACGGCAGGCUCAUGGUUUCUUCUUGACGUUGCGUACUACGGCCUCGGACUCAACAACUCCAUCAUAUUGCAACAGAUUGGGUACGCCAAAGGCGACGACGUUUACCAAAUAUUCCACAACCAGGCUGUGGGCAAUUUGAUCAUAACCUGUGCGGGCGCGAUUCCUGGCUACUGGGUCACAGUCGCAACAGUGGACACUAUAGGCCGCAAGCCCAUACAGAUCAUGGGCUUCAUUAUCCUCACAGGCAUUUUCGUCGCCAUCGGCUUCGCAUACCAUCUCCUCUCUGGCAAGGCCCUCCUCGCACUCUACGUCAUUGCCCAAUUCUUCUUCAACUUUGGGCCCAACGCUACCACCUUCAUCAUCCCGGGAGAAUGUUUUCCCACGCGAUAUCGCUCCUCAGGCCACGGCAUCUCUGCCGCUUCUGGGAAAGUCGGCGCAAUCAUCGCGCAGGUCCUGAUCGGACCGCUACGAACAAGGGGUGCGAAGCCUGGUUCGUCUGAUAGCCCGUGGUUGAACCACGUCAUGCAAAUCUAUAGCAUGUUCAUGUUUGCGGGCAUUUUCACGAGUUUGCUCGUGCCCGAGACGAAAAGAAAGACGUUGGAGAGGUUGGCUGGCGAGGUGGAGGGGACGCCGGAGUAUGAUCCGGACAAUGUGCGGAAUAGGGAUACGGAGAAGGCGAUAGAGUUGAGGGAAGGUGUGCGGUUGAGAACCAGGGACAGAGUGUGGGAUGGGCAGUAA